CAGCCCCGCUCCCGGCCCCCGUCCCGGUCCCGGUCCCGGGCGGGAGGAGUCCCCGCAGCCCCCCGCCCGCUGAGCCCGGCCCGGCCAUGGGGGCUCUGACCAGCCGGCAGAACGCAGGGGUGGAGGAAGUGGAUAUCCCCGCUAAUUCCGUCUACAGAUACCCCCCGAAAUCCGGGAGUUACUUCGCCAACCACUUCAUCAUGGGCGGGGAGAAGUUCGACUCCACGCACCCCGAGGGGUACCUCUUCGGCGAGAACAGCGAUCUCAACUUCCUGGGCAACCGGCCCGUGGUGUUCCCUUAUGCUGCUCCACCUCCUCAGGAACCCGUGAAGACCCUCAGGAGUUUAAUCAACAUCCGCAAGGACACCCUGCGCCUCGUCAAGUGCUCGGAGGAGGUGAAGACCCCGGGGGAAGAAGUGAGCAAAGCCAAGGUGCACUACAACGUGGAGUUCACCUUCGACACGGACGCCCGCGUGGCCAUAACCAUCUACUACCAGGCAACUGAGGAAUUCCACAACGGGGUGGCGAGCUACACCCCCAGGGACAACAACCUGCAGUCCGAGACGGUGCACUACAAGCGAGGGGUGUGCCAGCAGUUCUGUGUGCCCUCCCACACCAUCGACCCGUCCGAGUGGAGUGAGGAGGAGCUGGGCUUUGACCUGGACCGCGAGGUUUAUCCCAUGGUGGUGCAGGCAGUGGUGGAUGAAGGAGAGGAGCACAGUGGGCACUGCCAUGUGCUGCUGGCCACCUUUGAGAAGCACAGUGAUGGCACCUUCUGUGUGAAGCCCCUCAAGCAGAAGCAAGUGGUGGAUGGUGUGAGCUACCUCCUGCAGGAGAUCUACGGCAUCGAGAACAAGUACAACACACAGGACUCCAAGGUGGCCGAGGAUGAGGUGAGCGAUAACAGCGCCGAGUGCGUGGUGUGCCUGUCGGACGUCCGGGACACGCUGAUCCUGCCCUGCCGCCACCUCUGCCUGUGCAACACCUGCGCCGACACCCUGCGCUACCAGGCCAACAACUGCCCCAUCUGCAGGCUGCCUUUCCGAGCCUUACUUCAAAUCCGAGCCAUGAGGAAAAAACUGGGCCCACUCUCGCCCACCAGCUUCAACCCCAUCAUCGCCUCGCAGACCUCGGACUCCGAGGAGCACUCGUCCUCGGAGAACAUCCCCCCGGGUUACGAGGUGGUGUCCCUGCUGGAGGCCCUCAAUGGGCCACUGACGCCGUCGCCGGCCGCGCUGCCCCUGAGAGCCCUGGGGGACCCCCCUGGCGUGGGGACCCUGCCCUCCUACGGCAGCGAUGGCCCCCUGCCCCCCCUGAGGGGCCUGUCACCCCUUGAACGCCUGCCUGACUGCGGCCCCCCGGGGCUCAAGCUGAAGAAGAGCAUCUCCAAGUCCAUCUCACAGAACUCCUCCAUCCUUCCCGAAGAGGAGGAUGAGAAGUCGUGCACUGAGUCAGAGCUGAGGGUGGCCAGGAGGAGAUCCCCAGCCCGGCAUGAGGAGGAAUGUGGUGCAACCCCAGAGAGUGAAAACCUCACCCUAUCAUCAUCAGGAGCCAUUGACCAGUCCUCGUGCACUGGGACACCCCUGUCCUCCACCAUCUCGUCCCCAGAAGAGCCCGUGAGCAGCAGCCUGGCUCAGUCCGUCAUGUCCAUGGCCUCCUCCCAGAGCCAGCACUCGCAGCUCAGCACCGACACUGUGUCCUCCAUGUCUGGCUCCUACAUCGCCCCUGGCACAGAGGAGGAAGAGGAAGAAGAGGAGGAGGAAGAGGAGGGGGACAUGCUCCCUUCGCCUGCGGCCGCAAGUGCCACAGCCUCUGAUGGAGAGUCAACACCUGUGGAGUCCCCAGAUCUGAAUUUUGUCAGCAUCUCUGCUGAGGAGCGCGAUGCCGAGGGCAACGAUGUGCUGGAGGACGAGGACGCCUCUCCCACACAGGAAGACGGCCCGAGGACAGGCGCUUUCCUCGGUCUGAGGUGUGACAAUAACAAUGACAUGGGCAUCGCACACGUGAGAGCGCUGGACAAUAAACUGUGCUCUGAGGCCUGCUUACCUGGCUCCUCCGUCUGUGUGAAAGUUCAUGUUCGCUCUGUGCCAACACGGUUUUCUCCACCCACGCUUGUGCCCCUUCCCUGCCCAGAGUUGCCCAAAGGUGACAAAUGUAUUGAACACCCCUGGCCCCUGUGUGGAAGGGGGCAGUGGGCUGGGGACCCUGCCCAGCCCUGCAGGCUCUGCUUCCCCAGCCUGUGUGUGAGGAAACGAGCCAAAAAGCCAAAACACCCUCCAAGGGGUCUCAGUCAAUACAUUUGUGGACAAGCUGAAAGCAACUCUGCCCAUGCCUUGCCCCUUCAGCUGACUUUGUGGCAGGUCCCAGACCUGCAGCAGGUGCUGGAGAGCCGAGAGGGUGGGUGAAACCCACUGGAAGGAGGGGAAAUCCUUUAUUUUCCUCUGCUCCUUUGGGAAAGCCUCCUCUCCUGCUGCCUUGCCUGUUCCUGGUGGUUUCUGUGCUGGAGAAACACGGCUGAGGCUCUUGGGGAGGAACAGGCGUCUGCCACAAAAGCUCUGUGUCCUCUCCAUCACCCUCUGUCAGCAGCUGGCUGAGUCCUGCUGGCCUGGGGAGGCUGGGGGUGUCCCAGCAGCACCUCUGCUUUGCUGGAAGGCCUGGCAAAGCAUCCCCUGGCUGUGGCAGCAGCCAAAGCCAUCCUUGACUGCAUCCCUCUUGGUUGUGCCGGGGGGAGGAUGAGGAAGGGGGAGCUUUGCAGCCCAGAUGGCUCCAGCACAGGGUCAAAUUCUUGCUCUGCUGUGAGGUGUGCGCUGAGCUGGCAUGCAGGAGCUGGUCCCUGGGCUGAGCCCAGCCAAGGAUGCCCUCUCCAUCCUUUGGCCACCACAGCUGUCCAUGUGUCCAGCAGCUGCAGCGCUCAGCAACAGCUGUGCUGCAUGAGAGGGGUGAUGCAGCCUCGGCAUUUGUGGGGAAAAGCAGAGGGCUGAGGAGGUGCAGAGUGGGGCUUUGGGGCUCUCCAUGGUCCCUGGGAAUGGCAGACACACCGUACUCCAUCCCUUUUCACUCGCUGUAGGAUACAAGGCAUUUUUUCCACAUAAUAAUGGACCGUUAUCAUUUUCUGGCUUUCCUUUUUGAGCUGUUGUAUCAGUUUGUGUAGAUCAGGAUAUUCCAGCAGGUUUUAACCAGUUUUUAACAAUCCAUUCAGUAGGGGUUGUAGACCAAAUGUCCUGUAACUCAUUUAACAUAUGUUUUGGUGCAGUUUUUGGUAGGGAGUAGGUGAAGUCCCACCCUGCUCUAUAGAUGAAGUUACAAAUACAUGGAUUCAAGUUGUUACAAAACUGUAUCUUUGUGUGACCCGCUGUUAAAUUGUCACAAGGUGUUCUUAGACACACACACCCACACACCCUUAUCCUAUGGACACUGGGAUGGAUUCAGGGCCAUUAUCAGGAGACAUUUCCAAAUGAUAGACACAGUUCUCUGUCCAACACAGGUCAUGCUAUCAGAAUAUUACUUUCACAUAUAAACCCCUGGCAUUCUCUCACCACACAACAAUCUACAUGGGUGGUUUGCCAUGCAUGUGUGUGAUUGUUCUUAAAAGGCCAUGCUCAGUGCUCCAAUGGACCUAAUCCCAUUCCUACCACCAGGAUUUGGUGCUUGGCACGUACAGAAGCACUCUGUAUUGCUUGGGCAAACACUGACCUUACUAAUGAUGGGGACAUAAGAAAAUUUGAUUGAAGACCACCAGAAUUUAAAUGCCUUUUCAAAUUUGAAUGAUUAAAAGUCCCUUUUCUCAUUCAGUGACUAUCCCAGAACUGGAGGAGUGUAACCACAACUGAGCUGGAAUACAGCUGAGUGCUGAGGACACUGCUUUGAGCCAUUUCCAGACCAUCAGCCACUUGGUCAUUAGCAUUUGGAUAAUUUUGAUAUUUGAAGCUGACCACUGUGUGUUUCUAAGAGCAGAUAAGGAAGACCUUAAGGGUUGAUCUGUAGUGUUUCAAAUAAUUAAUGGUUGCACCCAAUUGAUCAGUCAGAGUUUCAAGACUGAUAUUGUUCAAUACUCCUAUUCCAGUUCCCAAUAUAUCAGUAAGAUGUGUGAGGUAACAGCCUCUGGUUUAGCCAGGAAAACCAGUCAGUAGAGGAGGUACCUGUAAAAGAUUAAUGUUUUGGUUCUGAUAGCAGAAACGUUGGUCUGCAUCUCUUUAAGGACUAGGAUUAAGCAGUAUUUGUUGUUGUUCAACCAAUUUGACCUUGAAAUGUUCGGAGUUGAUUUUAUAGGUUUGGGAAAAGUUUUUGGAGCAGUUGUGGAGGGUAUGCUGGACACCCUUAAACCCUCUAGAGUACAGUCAGCUUCUAUAGCAUAAGGAGUUAAGAUCAGUAUAGUGUCUUUAAAUUUACAUUCCUUUAGGCUCAUGGUGAGACAGGCUGGGGGUGUUGCAUGUUUUGUGGUUUUGUUUUGGCUGUAUGGUUCAUAAAAUCUCUCAGGGCUCGUACCCCGUUCAUGACAACCCCACUCAGUGAUUGUAGGGAAGGCAGUUGCAUCCUGGCCCUUGAAACCUGUGGUGUUCAAGAGUCUACCUCUCCAAGUCCAUCAAGUCUCUUGGACAGUCUCCAAGCUGGUGGCAUUUGAUAAUGAUGAUUUUGUCCUCUCUGUGAUGGAUGAAGGUGCAGGAUGUGGUUCCUCAAAGCUUCUUUUGAAAUCUCUGCAGAUUCCAGUCUGGUGGGAAAGAGCUUUGUGAGGAGGCAAAAGUCUCCAUCCCAGGGAUUUUAGGACACAAAGUUUAACUAAAACCUACAGAUCCAUGUUCUUGUGUGGAUCCUACAGGGCAGGAGUUGCAGGGGCUGUCCCCAGGGUUCAGAGCAUCCUCUGGCUGCAGCCUCUGCAGGGGGCAGGGUGGAAAAACAGCUUUGGGAGGAGAAACUGGGGAAAGACAUCUGCCAGAAAGUCUGGCACCGAGGUGGGGGGGCUGGGCAGCUGCUGUAGAGAACCUGAAAACCCCUGAGGGCUCCUGCUGCUUUAAAGCCACAGACGCUCUGAGCUGUGAGGUGUGAGCAGUGGGCCGGGCCACGCGGUUGGGUUUCACCAGAAUGGAUUUGGGUUUCACCAGGAUGGAUUUGGGAGCUGGUCUGCCCAGGGCAGGUCUGCCAGCUGCUGACAGCAGGGGAGACCUCUCCAGCAGCACAAGGGGUGGGAGGUGGGUGGGCACAGGGCUGAUACCCUGCUCCAGGGCCAGACCAUGUCCUGCUGCCCCAGCCCAGCUCCUCUCAAGGGUGCACUGAGCGCAGCUGGGUCUCUGCACUGGGGCACUGCAGUGACUUAGGCCAUAACAAGCUCUUAAUGGGAUUUCCGUGUGCAUGUACAUGUGGUCCUGUUUAAUUAUCCAUUCCCUCUGGGAUCUGCAGACUUAACAUGCCUCGCUCUCCAGUCUGAGCUCGCCAUGAAAAGCCACUCGAAAUGGCAGCUGUCACCUCCCAUAAAUCAGCAGGCAGCAGGAUUUUGUUGCUCCCCCUCUGAGAAAGCCUUACCCCUUGGCCUUGGCAUGCCCUCACACAGUCCUUCGAGCUCAGAGCUGCCCUGGGCACAGGGCUUAGCCUCGCUCGAGGGUGCAGCCAAGCUGCCUCAGGGGUGCACCCCCUUCCUAAGGGCACCACACAGCCUCUGAUGGGUUUGGUGGUGGGACACAAGCCACGGGCCGAGCUCUGCCAUCCCCCUACCCCAGCUGGAGGGUGCUGCCUGCCCUGGGAGCCUGUGGCCAGAGAGGAGGCAUGCGGGGACCCAGCUGCCCGGGCACCACAAGCAUGUCACCCCUCAGUUCCCCUUGGCACCAAACCCCGGGGGGGCUCCAGCAUAGGGACCCCUCACCCCGUGCCUGGUGGCAGCUCCCCCACCCCCUCCCAGACCCGUUCACAGGCAAUGACACCCAGGCCGCCCUGUCACCCCGUGUGCUGCUCAUGUGCAUGUCCCCGUGUCCCCGUGUCCCUGCCGCUCCCGCCUUCACCAUGUGCCUUCUGGUCUCUCCUGCCACGCAGCCGCUGUGCCGGAUUCCUGCCCCAUUAACAUUGAGGAAUAG